GUAUUGCUCGUAUUUUCUACAAUCCCUCAGCUUAUAUACAAAUGUGAAGUUUAUUUAACCAACUUAUGUCAUAUAAUUGAUCAUAAAGAGUCAAAGGCCGUUGUGCGUUGUGAAACCAUCGAUUAAAGUGAAAGUGAAUCGUUUAGUUUUCGGUUAGUGUAUUUGGGGAUCGUAAACGUAUUUACAGCGUACUCUAUUACCAAUACCAAGCAAGAAAGGAGAUGCAGCCGACGUUGCCGGCUAUAUGGUCAGAGAUAGAGCAGUACCGGCGACGGCGCGGUCGCGUCACGCUUGCCGAGCUCAGCGAGAUAACUGCUCGCGCCCACCAGAUGCACCUACAGGAGCUGCGUCGUUUGCGAGAACUUCACGCCAGACUGGAAUGGCAGAGAGUGCAUCGGCCUGAAAUUGUAGUCUACACGCCCGGUCAGCUUAGACAACAUAUCAGAUUGGGCAAUUCAGCGGAAGAUUCGGCUGGUGCUGCACAGCCGACCUCAUCCACCGUUUGGAGGCCGGGGCCACUCGGCGCGCAAUGGCAUCUACCAGACAAUGAUCAAAUGACCGAAACGGGAAAAACGAGUGCGACGGGAGCGGACGGGGAGUGGUCUGUCUGGAAAUCUGCAAGAGGCUGGGGAGCGGGUGCACUACUACUAAUAGCAGCCCUUUUACUUGUGCGCGCAACUGAUCGAUGCUUUACGCGCAACUACGCAAGAUCACGUCGAAGACGGUCCGAAGAAUGGCCCACGCCUAACGUCCUUGCAACUAGCCAUCGUUUACCAAUAAGUGUCGAGCCGGAAAUAUCACCAAACGAAUUCGAAUUGUAUCCCUCCGAAUCCAGCGAUACAUGCAACGAUGCCAUCUUUAAUGCGGACCUACCACCGCCAUACUCAGAGUGCGCCAGUGACGCCAAUAAGAACAACAAUCGAGAAGAGCCACCUCCGCCAUAUUCUGAAUGUUACGUUGCUUUUUCAAACCCAAAGAACGGUACCCCGUCAGUACGCUUCCUUAACAGUCAACAGCAAAACAUAUUUGUUGAGGACAUGGCAACAACGACACGUUAUAUCAAUGUCCAAACCUCUACAGAAGAGCUUACUGAAAUUGCACACUCAAGCAACGGAUUUAAUCAUAUCGACACUGGACAAAUUCCACACAACCCGAUUGGCGAUCGUAUACACAGAAUACCUUACAUUGAGAAUGCUGCUGAGAGGGACGAUGAAUCCGAAAAUUGUAAUGGAAAUUGCAUUAUGGAUUCUCUUGAAUGCAUUAAUGUUGGUCCCGCUCCGCUAGCCACAGAUGAGUUAUCCAUAGAUACCGAGGAUGAUAUAACGAUAGAAAUUUACAGUUGUAACGAAUCUUCGUUACAACGGUCAAUUUCUUGUAAUCGUCUAGAUACAGAAAGAUGCUAAUGGAUCUUUAUGGGAAAGUCGAUCAAUGACUGAUAAAUGCCAUCAGCAAAGCCAUGAUUAAA